UAAAAAUAUACUUUAUAUCAUGUAUAAACUAUUUGUACAAAAAAUGUAAUUUAUUGGUUAUGUUUAAAAAAAAAAACAAAAUUAAUAUUUUCCUAAUAAUUACCUCAACAAUCAAUUUAAUAUUUAAAUGUUUAUGUAGGUGUAAAAUAAUAAUUUUUUUUCUUUUUUCAUUUAUUUAAGUGAUUGUAAUAAAAUAGCCAACUUGAUCAAAUUUUAGUAGUAUAAUGUGCAAUUAUUAUACUUAUUGAAUCUAAUUUUAAAAUAUUUCAAUUUAAAUUAUAAAGGAGUUAAAUCAUUAUAUAACAGGUAUAACUAAUUAUUUUUAGAUAUAAUUUAUGUACAUAACUUUUAAUUAUAAAAAGUUAAUAAUAAUAUUAAAUCAUGACCACAUUUAAAAUUUCAUUAUAUCUGCAGUUUUUUUAAUAAAAUAUUUUUAACAAAAUCAAAAAGAGAUUUUAGAAUCUAAUGAAUUAAUUUAAAAGAAUACUUUAGUCUAUGAAAUACAAAGUUUUUUUAAGUAGAAUAUAUGUAUGAUAGUUAAGAAAAAAAAAAACAACUGAAUGGUGUCCAAUGAGAAAAAAUGAAAAUUAAUACAUUACUAUUACAUACGAGUGAAUUUAGUACUUCUCGAAAUAUUUUAGGUUUUAGGAAAUGUAGAAAUCCAAAGCAGUAAGAAUUGUUAUGUAUAUGGACAGGAAGAAUGAAGAAUAUAGGAAGAUUGAAAAAGAAUUGGUUAGAUGCAAUUGAAAAUGAUAUAAGUAUGCCAGGUAUAUUUAAGAAUAAUGUAGGCGUUCAAGUUAAAUGGUUUUUUAGGAUGACGGUGGCUGACCCUAAAUAAGAAUAGAUGAGAAAUUAGAAUGAAGAAUUUGUAUUGUCGAGUUAAUAGUGUUAGGAUGAAUAUUUGGUUAGGUUACUAUAUUAAAUAGAAUAUGAAAUCAGUUGUUAUAUAAGAGUAACCUUAGGUUUUUACUAUUAUAAUGUAAACUGAAAAAUAAGUUCGGUUGGUUUGUGCAUGAUAUAAAGUAAAGUGAGAAAGUAGCAUAACUAAUAAAAUAACGAUGUUUAGUGUUUUGAAAGAAAUAUAGAUAGAGGAUGAAUAAACAGAGUGAUAUGAUAAUAAUAUAUAGGUGGGUGAAGUAGACAAAUUAUAAAAAUAUAUUAAGAAUGAAUAUCAUUUUUCUGAUUAAAUAAAAUAUGUUUAAACAUUUUAUGAUUUUAUAAUAUUGUCAUUAAAAAGUUAAUAUUGAAUAAUUUAUUAUUAAGUAUGUGUAUAUUUUCAGAUAUUCUAAAAUGGCUUGUAUCAAUAAAGAUGUAUUAUGUUUAAAUGAGACAACUAACAUUACAAUUGACAAUAACAUUGUAAAAGAAGAAAAUAAGGGAACUGCAUGUAUAAAAAAAGAAUUCAUCAUUGAAAAACAUGUACCUAGAUUAGCAUUAAACUGUAUUUCUGAAGUUGAUAAAAACCAAUUAAAUGAAGAUGAACCACCAUCUAAAAAACAAAAGUGUAGUAAAAGUGUUUUAAAAGGUCAAAACAAGUCUAGAAAUUGUACGUACUAUCAGAUUGCUCAUGAACAUUUAUGCUCAAAUCUUGUGGAAGGUGCAGAGAAAGGUUCAUGUCUAUAUGAUAAAUGUAAAUUUUUACACAAUGUUACAGAAUAUUUAGAGAAAAAACCAGAUGAUAUUGAUAAAACAUGUUAUGUAUACUCUAUUAAGGGUCGUUGUCCUAGAGGACUUACUUGUAGAUAUGGAAGUACUCAUAUUGAAAAUGAGAAAAACAUUAUUGACCAAAUCAAAUAUGACUCUUGGAUUAAGAAUGAAAAUGUUUGUCUAUCUUUAAGUAAAGAAAACAUGUUGAAAUUGCGAAAAAAAUUGUAUGACUUUACAAAAAGUGAUGAAGCUGUGAAAAAAAUUGAUAACAAUAAAAAUAUAGGACCUAUAAUCGAAGAAAGUACUAAACAAAUUAACUGGAAGAAUAAAUUAUACUUAGCACCUUUGACUACUGUUGGUAAUUUACCUUUUCGUAGAAUUUGUAAAGAAUUUGGAGCUGAUAUAACUUGUAGUGAAAUGGUUUUAUCAUCUAGUUUAUUACAAGGACAUAACCAAGAAUGGGCCUUAACUAAGAGACAUGAAACUGAAGACAUAUUUGGAAUUCAAAUAUGUGGUAAUAACCCUUAUAUGUUAACAAAAAGUGCACAAGUUUUACAAGAAAAUGUAAGUAUGGAUUUCUUGGACUUAAAUUUAGGAUGCCCAUUAGAUCAAAUUUAUAAACAAGGAGCUGGCAGUGGCUUAUUACUUCGAAGUAAAAAAUUAGAAGUUUGUUUGAAAAGCAUGAGAACAGUGCUUAAUGUCCCUCUUACUGUAAAAACUCGUUCAGGUGUUAAUAAAGAUCAAAAUAUUGCACAUGAUUUAAUACCUAUGUUUAAAGAAAGUGGCGUUUCACUUAUUACAGUUCAUGGAAGAUCAAGAGAUCAGAGAUAUACAAAAAUGGCUAAUUGGAAUUAUGUAAAUGAUUGUGCAAAAUUAGCAAGUCCAGUACCAGUGUUUAGCAGUGGAGAUAUAAUGUCUUAUGAAGAUUAUGAAAAUUCCAAGUUAGAAUUUCCUGAUAUUACGGGUGCUAUGAUUGGCCGCGGUGCUUUAAUAAAACCUUGGAUAUUUAAAGAACUAAAAGAAAACCGGCGUUGGGAUAUAAGUAGUAAUGAAAGAUUAGACAUUUUAAAAAAAUUUGUAAAUUAUGGUCUUGACCAUUGGGGCAGUGAUACUCGCGGUGUGGAAACAACUAGAAGGUUUUUAUUAGAAUGGUUAUCAUUUUGUUACAGAUACAUACCUGUUGGUAUUUUAGAACGUGUACCACAAAAAGUAAAUGAAAGGCCACCACAUUAUAAAGGAAGGGAUAAUUUAGAGACAUUAAUGGCAAGUGAGAAUUGUGCAGACUGGAUUGAGAUUAGUAAAAUGUUACUGGGACCAAUACCAAAUGGCUUUCAGUUUUUACCUAAACAUAAGGCUAAUUCUUGGAAAUAAUUUGAAUAUUAUUAAAAUAAUAUAAUUUGUUGAAAAUUUUAUAUGUUUACACAACUAAUAAUGAUUAUUAAUUAUUUUAAGUGUGAUAUUAUUAUUGUACACAAAUAUUUAAAUACAAAAUAUGAUAUAUUACAUUCACACAUUUUGUUUGUUACAGUAUGAUAGUUGUUAUUAAUAAACAUAACUCAAUAUACU